AUGGACGAGUCUGUUUUCUACAUAUCAGAGGGUGAUCCAGCUGAUAAACAUUCGCAAGAAUCGUUUGGUCAUUCGAGUUCUGUGCAUUCGUCUCAACAACAUGCUGGAUUCAGACAGGCUGACUGUCCUCAAAACGGGGCCUGCUUGAGUGGUGUGGGCAUAGGAGAAAGAUUAUUUGUUGCAAGUCCUAAUAAAGCUUUGAUCAAUGUUUACUCAUGGGGAAAAGAAAGUCCCGACCAAAGAAUUCCAAUUCCAGAACAAUUAAGUUGUUUGACGUUAUGCAAACACCCUCACAUUGAAGUAGAGGAAGAAAAAUCCAAUGAGCGUAACUUGCCAAGCUUCCGUACUCCAUGGUUAUUAGCAGGAGGUUCUAAGACAGGUAAAAUAUUUGUAUGGGAGUUGUCAUCGGGAAAUUUGUUGUCUGUCAAAGAAGCUCAUUACCAAGCGAUCACCGCUAUUAAAUUCUCUCAAUGUGGUACAUUUUUGGUAUCAGGAAGUUCGGAUGCUAGAUGUAUGGUUUGGAGAACGAGUGAAUUAAUAUCAGUGUAUAACAAGGAUGAAGAAUCAAGUAUAAAUAUCAAACCAUUUGCAUCGUUUACAGACCAUUCAUUGCCGAUCACAGAUUUGACGAUGUCUGAAGCAGGAAUCAUUAGUGAUUUAAGACUAUACACUGUCUCUCGUGAUAGUACUUUACGAAUUUAUGAUAUUAUGACAAAGUCCCUUUUGACAACUUUUGUGUUGCCUUCAGGUAUCGAAUGUAUUACUAAAGAUCCUGCUAACAGAGCCUGUUAUGUUGGAUUAUCGAACGGUCUCAUCAGAACGGUCCCAUUAUACCAAAUUAACCCAAACACUUCUGUAUUAGAAAGUAUAGGAGGAAGGGGUAAGAUUGUUACUUUAGAUACGGAUCCAAAUUUAUUAACCACUUUUGUCCAUCACCAGCAACGUUUAAGUACUGAGCCAUUGCAUAAGACAUUAAAUAAGAAAACAGUCACUGAAGAAAAACCAAUUCUAGUAACGAGGUUAUCCAUCACAAUGGAUGGAACUAAUUUAAUAUCUGGUGAUUCUGUUGGCAGGGUUUAUGUUUCAGAUAUUGUUUCUAGACAAGUAGUUAAGACGUUUGCACCUUGCAAGUCUUCUAUCUCAUAUAUCCAAGUUAAUGCUUGUGCUAUCGAAAAGGCUACCGCUUCAAAUUCUGCAUCUAAUAAUAACGAUAAAAGGCACAGAUUAAUCCCUCAAUUCAAAAGGGUUCUUGCGAAUCCUGAUCCAUUAGAGCAUCAGCUAUACAUGGAAAUUCCUAAACAAGCGGAAUCUGAUGAGGAUUUCGAAAGCUGGUUAGCACGUAAAUCACAAGAAGAAUUAGAAUUCAAGAAUUUGACAAAUAUAAAUUCCUCAGUUACUGUGACGGGUGGUUCAAAUACAAAUGAUUUAAAAGUUAAGGAGCUAGAAGAAAAGCUUGCAAAAGUAUCAAAGGCCUACACAGAUUUGAGAGGAAAACACGAAGAAUUGUAUGAAGAACAUAAGAAAUUACUCAGUGAUUAA